AUGCAGUAUUAUUUCUUUGCAAGUACUUCUGGAUCCCUCCUUGUUACCCCCUUGCUGAAAAUCAUCGCAUGGAUUACCUGCAGGCCUAGUUCUACCGACCCUCGCGAAAGAUACGAAUCGAAUAUUGAUUUCGAAACCGCAUCAACUAUUAGACUCAGAGAAACAGAUGAGGCCGGUUCUCAAGGCUUAGGGAUACAAGCCGCCGCGAACAAAUUCGGUUCGAUUAGCAGUCAGACCCUCGCGGGGUCCAGUAGCCAGGCAACAUUGAGCGAAACCGGAUCUGCCAGGUGCGACUGUUCCUAUGAGAAGCUGCACUCACAAACCGCCUUCACAUCCGGCUUUUCCAAAUCGCCAAAUAGCCAAUUGUAUAGCCUUUAUUUGGUUGCAAUGACAAAUACACGCCACCAAAAGCGAAGUGCGCCCGGGGAUCCGCCUGGGGAUCCUGAUGCUACACCCCCUCCACCCCCUCCUGCCCAAAAAGGACGCCGGAAAGCACCAGUAGUGAAUGCUAAGAGGGCUAGGAAGCCCUCCCAGAAGGCGGCAGAGUCUGCAAUUACUGCACGCCAGCGUAAAGAGAAGGAGAAGAAGCAGCAGAAAGCUCCACGAGUUGUACCUAAGAUUAUUGCUCCGCCUGCCCCAAGUUCUCCGCCACUUCCACAAACCCAAAGCAAUUUUGUGCAUAUUAGCAAUAAGGAAAACGCAUUCCUACAGCAACUAGAAGCUAUACGCAACGGGCAGGUUAGAGAGGAGACUGUUGGCUUCCCUCUACUGCCCAUAGGCCAGGUGUACAAGAUUGUUAUAAUAUGGGGCCGGGCGUCACAUAAGAAGCUUCCAAAGGCCCAGGUUAUAAGUUCUAAAGUAAAGGGCGAACGGCAGGUGUUAGAGCUGGAGGACUUAAUUAAGAGCUGGUCAACUAAAUGGCCUAAGCGACUAUAUUAUCUGGAUCUAACAGCUAUUAUACGUGUGCAGCUAGACGAGACUGUCUAUGCAAGCACAGAAGGAACCCCCUAG